UAACACACGGUAUAAAUUUUUUUUCUUAAGUAUGAAGGAACGUCUAAGUUAACGGGACUUCUGCGCCAGCCUUUGUCGGCUGUGGACGUCGGCUGUAGACAUCGGCUGUGGACGCCUGAGUAUCGGUGACAAGUUUGGAGUGUUGUGUGAGGGCGGCUGGUGGUGGUGUGUUGUGCCGGCGACAGUGUACAGGAGACCCACCUGUUCAUCAACUUACUUUAGCCAGGAUCUAAUUGCAGACUUCAAGUUUCUAUGUCUGUUUACAAAGAAACUUUUAUUCCUUUUCUCUGAGCGUUGUGCAACAAUCUUCCUGGUGCCAUCGUGAAGCUGCGCUUGAUACACCUUAUACUGUCAGUGCCACUGAUAAACCCAAUAAAGAAAGAAAGAAAGAAAAAGUUAAACACAUGUAUCCUGAAGAAGAAGAAAAUAAUGUUUAUUUACUUCGACAACAGUUGUGCACACAUACUUGUAGAGAAGAGCCCCAGUGGUGUGUAUUAUGCCUCAGCUGCUGCCACCAACAUUACCAUCUUAAGAAUAAUGAACUGUGACUGAGGUUAUACCAAGCACAGCACAGCUCAGGUAGCACAUUCCUGCCAUCCACCAUUAUAUAAUAAAUGUUUGUGCUCACAUACACUUGAAGGCCAACCUCUCGCCAGUAGUGUAACGAGUUGACUCGUAAUUAUCACAACCUUCUUAUGAACUGUUGCAACAACCCCAGGGAUGUUGCUUGCUUCUGAACAACACUUAUAACAACAAGGUUCAUCAUACCUCACGAUGCUUGCAAUUUUAUUAUGAACAUUUCUGAUGGUGGCUAGGCUCAUACACCUUGAGAUUAUUGCAGCCUUCUGAAUAACAUUUUUAAAAUCAGUAAGAGUUGUGACCUUCGGGAUUGCUUCAGACUUCUUAAUAACAUUGCAUAAAUUAUUAAGAAAUCUUCAAGCACUGCACAUAUUAUCAUAGUGUUACGAGAGACAUGAGUUGCAAUGCUCGGGUUGAAAAACUUGCACACCAUGAGCAGCUGCAGCUGUGCCAGACAAGAGCUAAGUACAGGCAAGGAAGGAAGCUGACAGCCGUAAAGGUCUAUACUGUCAAUGAUGAGUCCAAGUAUCUAAUUGUCAGUGGUGUUCCGGCUAUCAAGAUCACAAGUGAGCUCGAGGCAAUGUGUUUGAAAUAUGGAGACAUCGAGGUACUGAAGAUAUUACCUGAUUAUCCUCAUGAAGAGUAUACUGAGGCAUACUUACUGAAGUAUCUUCACAUCAAAAAUGCCAGAUUUGCUAAGAUUCAGUUAGAUGGGAAAUCAUACUAUGGCGGUGUUCUUCAUGUGUGUUAUGCGCCAGAACUGGAAUCUGUGGAGGAGACGAGAGAAAAACUCACAGAGAGGAGGAAGACUGUUGCAGCUCUCACCAGGUACCAACAGGACCCAUCUAUGGUCAAUCCAUCCAAAAAAAAGAAGAGCAAAUUUUUAAGUGGAGCAGCUGAACGGUAUCUCAUGUAUUUAAAACCAGAGUUAAGAAACGUAUACCAAGAUUUAGUAAGUGAUAUACCAGAAAUGGACAAGCCCUCAAAAGAUGAUGGAAUAAUAAACCAAACUAGUGUUUCAAGUAGUGCACUUCCAUAUCAGUAUUGUGGUCCAUCAACCUCAAGUAAUGUUAGUAACUGUGUACAAGAACCUUCACACGAGAUACAUGUAGAUGAGAAAGAUGAAUCUGACUCUAUUGUUAAAUGUGCCAACACUAAUACAAUACCUAUUUCAGGGCCACAUGUCUCACUACAGGUGUGCAGUGCUACUUUAAUUCCUCAAAAGGCAAAGAGGCAAAUUAAUUUCCCCUGCCCUUCAAUAUCUAACUCCAAAAAAAUAAAAGUUUUUGGUAAUAAGAAUAUUUUAUCAUAUAAAUCAAGUGAUAAAUAAUAUUUGUAGUGACCAGACAUGCAUACACUACAGUAACUAGUGCACAGGGUGUUGCUGCUGGCAGCUUUAGCUGUUAAUGUUGCCAUUUUGAAACUGUUAAGUUUUCAUACAGAUAAAAAAAAUAGCAGAGAAAUUAGCAAAUGCUGUAUAUUCAUGUUGUAUAUUAACUUUUAGGAAAAGCCACAUUGGAAUGUGAAGAAAAUAUAUUUUUUUGAAAGGCACUGUAAAAUGAUAGUCAAAAAAAAACAAAAAGUAAAGGUUUCAAGGUAUUAUUAUUUUCAAAAACAUGCACUAAACCCAAAUGGGUCAUACAGCAUUGAGUGUCUAAAUCAUAGUGAUUUCCAGAUUCUUUGAGAAAUAUAGAUAAAAACUUUGGGCUGAAUUAAUAGUCGUGAAAUAUAAUGUUUGGACAAAAAAAUACAGUACCUCAUUAUCGCUUGAAUAAUUAUAAUUGGGAGGUGUUAAACCCGUAAGUAUUACACAGUACUUGGGAACGAGGUGCUGUAUGACCCUAGUGGGUGGCUUAGCACUUAGUUAUGAUUGUAUUAAUAAUAGUAAUUGGGAAUGAGGUAGUAAAGUGGAAAUGGUAGGAUAGGAUGUGGCCAGAGAAACUGAGCUGGCUCAUAAUUUUAUUUCCCACUAUAGACAACUAAUUUCCAUAAGCUGUUAUUUUUAUUCAGAAUAUAAUCAAUAUCACAUUAAUUUCUUCCAGUGAUUGUUAUGAAAAGGCAAGUUGCACAUAAUCAUAAAAUAUAAAUACAGUGGACCCCCGCAUAACGAUCACCUCCGAAUGCGACCAAUUAUGUAAGUGUAUUUAUGUAAGUGCGUUUGUACGUGUAUGUUUGGGGGUCUGAAAUGGACUAAUCUACUUCACAAUAUUCCUUAUGGGAACAAAUUCGGUCAGUACUGGCACCUGGACAUACUUCUGGAGUGAAAAAAUAUCGUUAACCGGGGGUCCACUGUAUAAUUACUUUUUAAUAUAUUACGUAGAUCCUUGAACAGGCCAUACUUCAGCUGGUCUUUGUUGCAUUAUUAAUCUCACUUGUGAAUAAAAUCAAUCAAUAGACUAUAACCUAUUUGUUAAAGGGUGGAGAGGCACGUACCAGUAGCAUCAAACUUGAAUAAAGUAUAAACAAUGAUUCCAGUUAACUAAACUAGGAACUCCAGUUAUAAGUAGUGUUUAUAAAAUGUCACAAAAUUCUCAGUCAUCAGUUAUAACAUUGAACAUUUUUCACCUCAA